AUGGCGGCAUUACCCAAUCUUUGUCUUUCCGAUAUUCUUGGCAUCAAGCUCCCCGAGAACACCGAUCCUGAGCGUGUGCACUGUUUUGUACCUCGAGGUUCCAAGUCCUGCGAACACAGAUUGGCAAAGGAUAGGGUGGACAAAGCUCGCUACAUCCUCUUCCGAUCUGUGUUCCGCAACAAGGAAUUUGAGUCAGUUGACAAGUAUAUGAUCGAAUGUCUCGUGAAAGAACUGCAUCAUGCAGAUCGGCAUCCUCGUCAACGCAGUCCAAGUGGCAAGACUUAUAAAGACGAAAUAGAGAGCGAGUGGCUUGAAAUGCUGGAACAGUACUACCAAGGGACCGCCUCAUCAUGCCCUACUUCGAUUGCUGCAUCCAUUCCCACCCCCAUUCCAGUCCCCAGUCCACCCCUUCCCAAAGAAGAGGUCCUGGCAACAGCCAGUGAUUACUCCCCCGGCGAAGUCAGCUAUCCUUCCUUACCAGCCCCUGACUCUCCCGGGCCCAAUGAUCUCGAAGACGCCGGCAGCGUAUCUUCUGAGAGCCCCCGCCCUCUCCUGCACCGGGAUUUUACUCCUUUCGAUCUCUCCACCCGUCGCCCUGCAUAUACAUCCAUCGCCUCCACAUCGUCCCCCGAUCAGUCCUCCUCUCCCAUCUCCUUCUCAUUGCCUCUCCUCUUGACCUUCAUUUGCAACCUGUUCUUCGAUCUCAGUGUCAAAGUACGCGGGGUCGUUUGCAUACAACGCACUUCUAGUGUGGACCAACAUCACCACCGUGAUGACACGCCCAAGCCUGCGUCGGUGACUCGUGUGUUCGUUCAGCUCGGUAUACAAUCUACGUCUGGGUGGAUGCGCGGCUUGUUGUAUGUUGUGGCGUUUCAGAUAGUUCGCUCUAGUAUUUUCCGUGGAUGGUGA